AUGGGUUUUGUUGGGGAUAUUGAAAGUGAUGCCCCUUCAAUGAAGAGACUGCGGAGAUCUCCUUCUGAUGCAUUGCAGGAUUUGAUUACCAGCGAGGAACUUACAUUCUAUUGCACAGGUCCAAACAAUGCUCAAAUAGCUCAGAAAAACUUUACCUUUGCAGUACGGGAUUCAUUGCUUAAUAUUGGUCCACUAAAGGAUUUCUCUUAUGGUUUGAGAAUUAAUGGCGAUCCAAAUGCUACAGGAGUUGCAAAGCAAAGUAAUCAUGAACUGGUAUGCUGUUCUGGCCAUGGAAAAAAUGGUGCUCUCACUGUACUUCAAAAAUCAAUCCGCCCAGAUACAAUAACUCAAGAAUCAUUACCUGGUUGCAAAGGAAUUUAGACUGUCUACCACAAAAAUUCGCGCAGUGACUCCUCUAAAGGAGUAGCUGACGAGGAUGAAUAUCAUGCAUACUUGAUUAUUAGUUUGGAAAAUCGUACAAUGGUAUUGCAAACUGCUAAUAAUCUUGAGGAGGUAACUGAAAAUGUGGACUAUUACGUCCAAGGAACUACAGUUGCUGCAGGAAAUUUAUUUGGAAGACGUCGAGUUAUCCAAGUAUUUGCUCGUGGUGCUUGGAUACUUGAUGGUGCUUUUAUGACUCAAGAUUUGAGCUUAAAAUCUUCCAAUACAGAGAUGAAUGCAGCUUCUGAUGGGGCAACUGUGUCCUCAGUUUCCAUAGCUGAUCCUUAUGUGUUGCUGAGAAUGACUGAUGGAAGCAUUCAGCUUCUUGUUGGAGAUCCAUCCACCUGCUCUGUUUCAGUCAUCAAUCCACCAGUAUCUGAAAACUUGAUAAGUUGGUAUUAGCUUGCACUCUCUAAUCUCUAUCAUGAUAAAGGUCCCGAACCAUGGAUUCGUAAGACAAGUACUGAUGCCUGGCUUUCUACUGGGAUUGGUGAGGCUAUUGAUGGGGCUGAUGGUUCAACACAUAACCAUGGUGACGUGUACUGUGUUCUAUGCUAUGACAAUGGAGAUCUGGAGAUAUUUGAUGUACCUAACUUUAACAGUGUUUUCUUGGUCGAUAAAUUUGUAUCUGGAAGGAGCCACAUCUUAGAUACAUUUUUCCAUGGCGCAGCGAAUAAUCAUAUUAACCUCACAAACAAAGAUUCUGAAGAUAUUGGACAAGUCAGAAAAGAGGCCACUCACAAUAUAAAGGUGGUUGAGCUGUCUAUGCGGAGAUGGGAUUCAGAGCAUAACCGGCCAUUCCUUUUAGGAAUAUUGUCUGAUGGGACCAUUCUUUGUUAUCAUGCUUACAUUUACGAAGUUUCAGAUAAUGCUUCCAAGACUGAGGGUGUCAUUUCUUCUCAGAACUCUGUUAAUCUUAGCAAUACAAAUGCAUCUAGGCUUAGAAAUUUACGAUUUGUUCGUGUCCCCUUGGACACAUAUGCAAAAGAAGAGACACCAUCUGGAGUCUGCUCACAGCGCAUCACUGUUUUCAAGAAUGUUGGUGGUCUACAAGGUUUUUUUCUUUCUGGCUCAAGGCCAAUGUGGUUUAUGAUGUUUCGAGAGCGGCUUCGGAUGCACCCACAGGGGUGUGAUGGACCUAUAGUAGCCUUCACCGUUCUUCACAAUGUUAACUGCAACCAUGGGUUUAUAUGUAUAACUUCAGAGGGUGCUCUGAAAAUAUGCCAGCUUCCAGCUUUAUCAUAUGACAAUUAUUGGCCUGUACAAAAGAUUGGGCUGAAGGGGACUCCACAUCAAGUUACCUAUUUUGCAGAGAAGAACUUGUACCCUGUUAUAGUUUCUGUUCCAGUGCUCAAGCCACUUAAUCAAGUGCUCUCAUCUCUUGUUGAUCAAGAAGUCGGAAAUCAGUUUGAGCCUGAUAACAUUAAUAUGGAGGGGACAUAUCCCAUGGAAGAAUUUGAGGUUCGGAUUAUGGAACCAGAGAAAAUAAAUGGCCCCUGGCAGACUUGGGCUACUAUUCCUAUGCAAACUUCUGAACACGCUCUUACUGUGCGAGUGGUGACGUUAUUUAACACCACUGCACAAAGAAAUGAGACACUUUUGGCAAUUGGAACUGCUUAUGUACAAGGAGAGGAUGUUCCAGCAAGAGGACGCAUUCUUUUAUAUUCUGUUGAAAGAAUCUCAGACAAUAUACAGGUGAAGGUUACAAAAUUCAAUUCCAAGGAGUUGAAGGGUGCUAUAUCAGCUCUUGCUUCACUUCAAGGCCAUUUACUACUUGCUUCAGGUCCUAAAAUUAUUCUGCACAAAUGGACUGGCUCUGAGUUGAACGGUGUUGCCUUUCAUGAUGUCCCACCUCUCUAUGUCGUGAGCUUAAACAUCGUUAAAAAUUUUAUUCUUCUCGGUGAUAUUCACAAAAGCAUAAAUUUUCUUAGUUGGAAAGAGCAGGGCUCUCAACUCAAUCUGUUGUCAAAAGAUUUUGGGUCACUUGAUUGUUUAGCAACUGAGUUUUUGAUCGAUGGAAGCACACUCAGCCUCACUGUUUCAGAUGACCAGAAGAAUGUUCAGAUAUUCUAUUAUGCUCCAAAAGUAUCAGAGAGCUGGAAAGGACAGAAGCUUCUGUCGAGAGCUGAGUUUCAUGUUGGCGCCCAUAUUACCAAAUUUCUACGGUUGCAGCUUCUUCCCACAUCUGCUGAUCGAACUGUGCCUGGCUCUGAUAAGACAAACCGAUUUGCCUUACUUUUUGGUACCCUGGAAGGCAGCAUUGCACCUCUGGAGGAACUUACCUUUCGCCGUCUGCAGUCAUUGCAGAAAAAGCUCGUAGAUUCUGUCUGCCAUGUCGCUGGACUAAAUCCACGAUCUUCCAGACAUUUCCAUUCGAAUGGAAAGGCUCAUCGCCCAGGUCCUGACAGCAUUGUCGAUUGUGAGCUGCUCGUGCAUUUCGAGAUGCUGGCGCUCGAAGAUCAACUUGAAAUUGCUAAUCAGAUUGGUACGACACGGAUGCAGAUCAUGUCCAACUUGAAUGACCUCAGUGUUGCCACAAGCUUCUUAUGAGCACUUCAUGUUGAAGACCUUGUGUGUUGAAUAGUGGCCUUUAAUCUUUAUGUAAUAUGCUGAGGUUAGAACUUGACACUAAUAUUUCUCAUUAAAUUAGUCUAUUUCUUGUAUUUGUA